AUGGUCCCAACCAACACUUCGUCUACACCAACGCUCUCUUACCGCCCCGCACCAGACUUUACAGGGGGACUCCGACGCCUGUACUCGAAGAUGUCUACCAGACUCCCAUCCUACGAAGAGUUGCGUCGUAAUCAUGUCUUUCCUUUCAAUAGACGUGCCACCGGGAGAUUACUGUGGUAUGUUGAAGGGCCCUUGCAGGAGAACGUUUUCGUCCGGGUGGAGGACUCAGGUCCCACUGGGCCGCGUGAGCCGUAUGCGCAGCAAUUCAUAACCAACGACACUCAGUGGCACGGAAUCUCCAAAGAGCCUCUAACAGAACCCAGCAUAUCGUCAAUAACUGUCAGAAUUUAUGCCUUGGAUCUCUAUCCGGAUGACUGGGAGGACAGUCACCACCGCCACAUGGAUUGUGACUCCGCUAUGAGUGUCUAUGAGAAGAGAGGUGGCAAGAAGACGCUGAUAGAAUGUUGCGGGGAAUAUCGACCGGCCGAUCAUGUCCCGCUAUUAAUAAAAGCCUCAUCACAGCCUUUCAUCCCUGUUCACGAUUAUGUCACCACUGUUCAUCCAUGGAUAUUGAGCUUCCAGGAUGAAAUCCUGGCAGUGACGGGCGAGGAUCGAGAUGCUGGCUCGAAGUUGGUUCUCAAUUGUGGUGCCCUCGACUCUCUCAUGAUCACCACUGAGGACUAUUUGAACUUUUUGCGCAAUCUACCAGAGGUGAGCGGUGCCCCAGAUUCCUGGUUCAUCGCUCCGUUGCCGGAAUUUAAUCACAGGGUCGAGUGA